AUGCUGGAGAGUAAUAAAAAUGAUCUCACUCAGCAAGGUGACCAUUGGCAAUUGCUGCAAGACCGAUUAGGUUCAUUUGUGGCCUACAGGGAAGGCCUCCACUCCGGGCAGCCUUCACUACUCCGGCCCCCACCCUGGGCCGGCUUCCCUACUCUGGGCCCCACCCUGGGCUGGCUUCUCUACUCCGGACCCCACUCCAGGCCAGCUUCCCUACUCCGGCCCCCACUCAGGGCUGGCUUCACUACUCCAGCCCCCACUCCGUGCCGGCUUCCCUACUCCGGCCUCCACCCUGGGCCUGCUUCCCUACUCCGGCCCCCACCCUGGGCCGGCUUCCCUACUCCGGCCCCCACUUCGGGCUGGCUUCCCAAACUCUGGGCCCCAAAUUGGGCAGGCCUCCCUACUCCGGCACCCACUCUCGGCCGGCUUCCCUACUCCGGCCCCCACUCCGGGCUGGCCUCACUACUCCAGCCCCCACCCUGGGCCAGCGUCCCUACUCCGGACCCCGCCCUGGGCUGGCUUCCCUACUCCGGACCCCGCCCUGGGCUGGCUUCCCUACUCCGGACCCCACCCUGGGCUGGCUUCCCUACUUCGGGCCCCACCCUGGGCCGGAUUCCCUACUCUGGUCCUAACUCCGGGCCGGCUUCCCUACUCCGGCUCCCAUUCCGUGCCAGCUUCCCUACUCCGGCUCCCACUCCGUGCCGGCUUCCCUACUCCGGCCCCCACUCCAUGCUGGCUUCCAUACUCCGGCCCCCACUCCGGGCCGGCUCCCCUACUCCGGCCCCCACCCUGGGCCGGCUUCCCUACUCUGGGCCCCAAAUUGGGCAGGCCUCCCUACUCCGGCCCCCACUCCGGGCCAACUUCUCUACUCUGGCCCCCACCCUCGGCCAGCUUCCCUACACCGGCCCCCACCCUGGGCCAGCUUCCCUAUUCCUGCGCCCACCCUGGGCUGGCUUCCCUACUCUGGGCCCCAUCCUGGGCCGGCUUCCCUACUCUGGCCCCCACUUUGGGCUGGCUUCCCUACUCCGGCCCCCACUUCGGGCCGGCUUGCCUACUCCGGCCCCCACCCUAGGCUGGCUUCACUACUCUGGGCCCCAAAUUGGGCAGGCUUCCCUAGUCCGGCCCCCACUCUCGGCCGGCUUCCCUACUCCAGGCCCCACCCUGGGCCGGCUUACUACUCCAGCCCCCACCCUGGGCCGGCUUCCCUACUCCGGCCCCCACUUCGGGCCGGCAUCUCUACUCCGGCCCCCACUCAGGGCUGGCUUCACUACUCCAGCCCCCACUCAGGGCUGGCUUCACUACUCCGGCCCCCACUCUGGGCCAACUUCCCUACUCCGGCCUCCACCCUGGGCCGGCUUCCCUACUCCGGCCCCCACCCUUGGCCUGCUUCCCUACUCCGGCCCCCACCCUGGGUUGGCUUCCCUACUCCGGCUCCCACCCUGGGCCAGCUUCCCUACUCCGGCUCCCACCCUGGGCCGGCUUCCCUACUCCGGCCCCCACUCCGGGCUGGCUUCCCUACUCUGGGCCCCAAAGUGGGCAGGCCUCACUACUCCGGCACCCAGUCUCGGCCGGCUUCCCUACUCCGGCCCCCACUCCGGGCUGGCCUCACUACUCCAGCCCCCACCCUGGGCCGGCGUCCCUACACCGGACCCCGCCCUGGGCCGGCUUCCCUACUCCGGACCCCGCCCUGGGCUGGCUUCCCCGCUCCGGGCCCCACCCAGGGCCGGCUUCCCUACUCCGGCCCCCACUCAGGGCUGGCUUCACUACUCCGGCCCCCACUCCAUGCCGGCUUCCCUACUCCAGAACCCACCCCGGGCUGGCUUCCCUACUCCGGCCCCCACCCUGGCCUGCUUCCCUACUCCAGAACCCACCCCGGGUCGGCUUCCCUACUCCGGCCUCCACUCCGGGCUGGCUUCCCUACUCCGGCCCCCACUCCAUGCUGGCUUCCCUACUCCGGCCCCCACUCCGGGCCGGCUUCCCUACUGCGGCCCCCACCCUGGGCCUGCUUCCCUACUCCGGCCCAACCCUGAGCCGGCUUCCCUACUCCGGCCCCCACCCUGGGCAGGCGUCCCUACUCUGGCCCCCACCCUGGGCCGGCUUCCCUACUCCGGCCCACUCUUCGGGCUGGCUUCCCUACUCCGGCCCCCACUUCAGGCCAUCUUCCCUACUCCGGCCCCCACCCUGGGCCGGCUUCUCUACUCCGGCCCCCAUCUUGGGCCGGCUUCCCUACUCCGGCCUCCACUCUGGGCCGGCGUCCCUGCUCCAGACCCCGCCCUGGGCCGGCUUCCCUACUCCGGACCCCGCCCUGGGCCGGCUUCACUACUCCGGGCCCCACCCUGGGCCGGCUUCCCUACUCUGGCCUCCACUCUGGGCCGGCGUCCCUGCUCCAGACCCCACCCUGGCCUGCUUCCCUACUCCAGAACCCACCCCGGGUCGGCUUCCCUACUCCGGCCCCCACUCCGGGCUGGCCUCCCUACUCUGGUCCCCAUCCUGGGCCGGCUUCCCUUCUCCGGCCCCCACUCUGUGGCGGCUUCCCUACUCUGGCCCCCACUUCGUGCUGGCUUCCCUACUCUGGCCCCCACUCCGGGCCAGCUUCCCUACCCCGGCCCCCAUUCCGGGCUGGCUUCACUACUCCAGCCCCCACACUGGGCCGGCUUCCCUACUCGGGCCCCCACCCUGGGCGGGCUCCCUACUCCGGCCCCCACCCUGGGCCGGCUUCCCUACUCCGGGGCCCAUCCUGGGCCGGCUUCCCUACUCCGGCCCCUACUUCAGGCCGGCUUCCCUACUCCGGCCCCCACCCUGGGCCGGCUUCUCUACUCCGGCCCCCAUUUUGGGCCGGCAUCCCUACUCCGGCCCCCACUUUGGGCUGGCUUCCCUACUCCGGCCCCCACCCUAGGCUGGCUUCACUACUCUGGGCCCCAAACCCCCACCCUGGGCCGGCGAGCCUUCUCCGGACCCCACCCUGGGCCGGCUUCCCUACACCGGACCCCGCCCUGGGCUGGCUUCCCUAUCCGGACCCCACCCUGGGUCGGCUUCCCUACUCUGGGUCCCAUCCUGGGCCGGCUUCCCUACUCCGGCCCCCACUUCGGGCCGGCUUCCCUACUCCGGCCCCCACCCUGGGCCGGCUUCUCUACUCCGGACCCAUCCUGGGCCGGCUCCCCUACUCCGGCCCCCACUCCGGGCUGGCCUCACUACUCCAGCCCCCACCCUGGGCCGGCGUCCCUACUCCGGGCCCCAACCCGGGCCAGCUUCCCUACUCCAGCCCCCACCCUGGGCCGGCUUCCCUACUCUGGCUCUAACUCCGGGCCGGCUUCCCUACUCCAACCCCCACUCCGUGCCGGCUUCCUAACUCCAGCCCCCACUCCAGGCCGGCUUCCCUACUCCGGCCCCCACUCCGUGCCGGCUUCCCAACUCCAGCCCCCAAUCCUGGCCGGCAUCCCUACUCCAGCCCCCAACCUGGGCUGGCUUCCCUACUCUGGGCCCCAUCCUGGGCCGGCUUCCCUACUCCGGUCCCCACUUUGGGCUGGCUUCCCUACUCCGGCCCCCACCCUAGGCUGGCUUCACUACUCCGGGCCCCAAAUUGGGCAGGCUUCCCUACUCCGGCCCCCACUCUGUGCCGGCUUCCCUACUCCGGCCCCCACUCCGUGCCGGCUUCCCAACUUCAGCCCCCAAUCCUGGCCGGCUUCCCUACUCCAGCCCCCACCCUGGGCCGGCUUCCCUACUCCGGGCCCCACCCUGGGCCAGCUUCCCUACUCCUGGACCCACCCUGGGCCGGCUUCCCUACUCCAGCCCCCGCCCUGGGCCGGCUUCCCUACUCCGGGCCCCACCCUGGGCCGGCUUCUCUACUCUGGCUCUAACUCCGGGCCGGCUUCCCUACUCCGGCCCCCACUCCGUGCCGGCUUCCCAACUCCAGCCCCCAAUCGGGGCCGGCUUCCCUACUCCAGCCCCCACUCCGGGCCGGCUUCCCUACUCCGGCCCCCACCCUGA